CAUGACUCUCACCAAAUCCUGCCUGACCUUGCCCUCUUGACUGCUCGAAACCGGCCUGUGUGACAUAUCGUGACCUACAGUGACGUCUGCGUGACUGCUGACUUGCGCUGCCGAUUGAAGGGAUAGUAGUUCCACAUCGCCCUCCACGUCCCCAAGUUCACGACAUAAUCGCCUUCUCCAAUGGCCUCAGUUGAACUUGCCGCAACUUACGCCGCACUUAUCCUCGCCGAUGAGGGUAUUGAAAUCACCGCUGACAAAAUACUCGCCUUGACUGAAGCCGCCUCGGUCGAGCUCGAGCCAAUAUGGGCAACUCUCCUUGCUAAGGCUUUGGAAGGAAAGAAUGUGAAGGAUCUGCUAUCAAACGUCGGUGCUGGUGGAGGUGCACCGGCCGUUGGCGCACCCGUUGCUGCUGCCGCUGGUGGUGCAGCUGCAGUCGAAGCACCAAAAGAAGAGGAGAAGAAGGAGGAAGCAAAAGAGGAGUCAGACGAUGAUAUGGGCUUCGGGCUGUUCGACUGAUCUACUACAUAGCACCAUACUAGAACAGACAACUUUGGCUUACGAUGUUGCCGAAAACUGGAGCCUCAAAUCUGUCACGUCAGGAUAUAUCAUACGUUGGAAUGUAAAUUCUAAGACUCUAAGUAUAAGUACAACUGUGGUACCACGUAUUCAGCCUGUGAAAGCAAUGGUUCUAGCGACAAAAACUGUG